AUGAGUGUGGAAUCAACCCACGAGCAUUUAUUAAGUGCCUACUGUGAGCCAGGCACUGUUGCAGGAGUCUUUUUCUCAACUUUCCCCCUUCUGGACCUCUGGACCUCUUUGACUCCUCCAUCCCAUCUCCUCCUGGACUCUACGUUUCCUCGCCUCUGCUCUCUCCUGGUUGCCCCCUACCUCUCCUCCGACUCCUCCUCACUCUCUGUCCUGCCUCCUCCUUUCUUCUCUCUCUCCAAAGCCUUCCCACGGGGCCACCCAUCUGCCACAUCCCCAAUCGGUUUCCAAGUCUCGUGGAUUGCCCCUCAGAGGUCCCUCCUCUUCAUGCACAUAGCCUUCAUCCACCCUCACCUGACCUACAGCCUCCUGGCUGGUCUCCCAGACUAUCCCCUCAGCUCCAUCUUCCACUCGGCUGCCAGUAAUAAUCCUAAAGCUCAGUCAUCCCCCUCCUCAAGUCGUGCCAGCAGCUUCUUGUUGCGUCUAGACUCAUAUGCAAAUGCCUUUGCUUGGCAUCUACGCCCUUCAAGACCUAGCGCUGGGCUGCCCUUCCCGACAAGCCACAUUAGUCUCCACACUCUCACUGGUCCAGACGAACGGGCUGUCCCUGGCUGCCUGGGAGGUUCCUUCUCCCCCUGCCUCAGAGCCCCUAACGUCCUCACCCCCAGGAGGAGGAAACCCCCACCUUCAGAGGCAGCCCCUUCUCAGCUAGCACUGGCAGCUCUUGGGGUCAGCAAGGGCUCAGGACCAUCCCCCUUUCUCGGACAUCCCAGAAGGGGGUUCAUGGUCAGGGUUUGCAGGGUCCCUCCCGAGCCGGAGCCGACCUCGGACAGGAAGGACGCUCAUUUGAUCUCGGGGCGGUCCCGAGCGCUCCCGGAGCCCCUGCCCAGGCUGGGGGAGGGGCGGAGGGCCUGGGGCGGCCUGCCCCUCCCCCCUCCCGGGCCCAACGGUCCCUCUCCCCUCCACCCUUCCCAUCCCAACGGUCGACCCCUCUCCGGGGCACGCGCUCGGGGGCGGUUGGGGCGGGCGGGCGCGAGCGGCGCCCCUGCCCACUGCCGCCGGGGCACGCGCACCGAGGUAGCGUGCACGCGCCGGGCUCGCUCCCGGGCUGGCUGCGGGCACGCGGAGGCGGCAGCGCGGUUCGUCCUUGUCGUCGUCCUGGUCCUUCGUCUUCGGCGGCUCCUCCGCGGCCUCCCCCGGAGCCCCGGCCCCGCGAUGAAAGGAUUGCUGGGAAGAAAACUGAUUUUGGAAAAAGAAAACUGUAGAGAUGAACAGUUUAAGAUUUCUUCUGUAGAUCUGGAAGACCAGCCCCUGCUUGGCGGGAUUUCAAGCAUGGAAGAUGAAAUUGUGACGGAGAUUUUUAGCCAAGACAGUCAAUUCAUUUCUGAAAACAUUAACCUGAAAAGCACCGUGAUCAGUAAGCACGAAGAUGAUGAAGACUUCCAUUCCUUUAAAGAUGCCUACUUUGCUGUGGCUGACCCCGGGGAGACGCUGCUGCCCUCCUUCAACGCCCCCCUCAAUGCAGAGUGCGGCAGUAAAGUCAAGGUCGAACGCCUGGCUGAGGAGAAUAACGAGGACGAGAUUCUCCCAGACUAUUCGGGGCUGCCCGAGCUCUCCCCUUUGGAGGAGACCAUGCUGCCCUCCCCGUCCCAGCUGCAGCCACAUGCCUACAACGUCCACUUCCUGUCUUCCUUAAGGCCUCAGCACAGGAACCCCCCCAGCGUCCUGCCCGUGGGAACCUGGGCAGCCCGGGAAGGAGCAGCUCAUCACAAUGUCCGAGUGAUCCCAGUGGAGAUAAGGGAAGCCGUUGGUGCCAUUACUGCUACCAACCAGGAAGAGGGAGUUUUUCCGAAUGCACAUGCCCCGGAGGGCUGCUGCAAGUUCCCACCCUCACAAGAACCCAUCGAGAGCUCCAGCUGUUCACAUAAGAAGGAAUCUAACCCGAUGGUAAUAUGUCAGCUGAAAGGGGGAGCCCAAAUGCUCUGCAUCAACAAUUCAGGUACCAGGGAGCUCAAAGCUGUUCACCUAGUUCCUCAGUAUCAGGAACAAAACAGUUACCUGCAGCCAGAUGUGCCUAAACCUUUGACUACCAUAGUUGGAAGAUUUCUGCCAGUACCAGCUAAAUUAAAUCUUGUCACACAACAACUUGAUAAUGGCGCCUUCUCAUCGGUAGUUAAUGGAACCACCUUUCCUUCAGGAUCCAGUCUUCAAGGGCCAGCAAAAAUAACGUUAGCUGGAGUAACUCUUAGUUCAUGGGACUCAAAGUCUAAAAAGCCAUGUAACUGUACCAAGUCCCAGUGUCUGAAAUUAUACUGCGAUUGCUUUGCCAACGGCGACUUUUGCAGCAACUGUAACUGCAAUAAUUGUUACAACAAUUUACGCCACGAAAUCGAGCGGUUUAAGGCCAUUAAGGCCUGUCUUGAUAGAAAUCCAGAAGCCUUCCAACCCAAGAUUGGGAAAGGAAAACUGGGGGAUAUUAAGCCUCGCCAUAACAAAGGGUGUAACUGCAAGAGGUCAGGCUGUCUUAAGAAUUACUGUGAGUGCUAUGAGGCCAAAAUUAUGUGUUCUUCUAUUUGCAAAUGUAUCGGUUGCAAAAAUUACGAAGAAAGCCCUGAACGAAAAACCCUCCUGAACAUGCCCAACUUUGUGGAGAUUGGAGGGUCUGAAGGCAGCCAUCUUUUUUCGCCAUCCAAAUUUGCAGUGUUGCCGAAGUCGAGGAAGGACAGGCCACCUUAUACGUGCAUCUCCUGGGAAGUGGUGGAAGCCACGUGCGCCUGCCUGCUGGCCCAAGGGGAGGAGGCCGAGAAGGAGCAUUACUCAGCGUGCUUGGCAGAGCAGAUGAUCCUGGAGGAGUUUGGGAGGUGUUUAUCCCAGAUUCUUCACACAGAAUUCAAAUCCAAAGGGUUGAAAGUGGAGUAG